ACCCUCCGAGAGGCUGCGCCGUCUGCCCGGGUCCACCUUAACCCGGGACGAGCUGCCCCGAGGCUGCCCCGUGCCCGGGAUGGGCUCCUACGGGAUCAGAGGGGCGUUUAUCUUGCCCCAGAUCAGCCAAUAUUUGUGGCCACGUCAGGAGAACGAUCCCUUCCUCCCUCUCAGCUCCUGCGGAGUUGGGUCCUGCAGCCUCGCUCUCCGCUUUCCCGGCCCCAGCGCUGCUGUCCCAGUUUGAGUCCAGUUUAUCAGCCAGCAGGAGGAACGCAAUUUGCUGAGAUCCCUCCCCGGGCCCCGAGCUGCCACCUCCUGGCACCGGAGAUGACAACCACGAUGUUUUUCCUGCUCCUGAGCCUUCCGAGAUUGGCGGCUCCCAAAGGACUGGGGUGUCCGGGCUGCGGGCUGGCGGCUCCUGUCCCCAGCACCCAGCGGGACAUCCUCAUCGCCCUGGCGAAGCAGAGCAUCCUCUCCGAGCUCCGCUUGCCGGACAGACCCAACAUCACCCAGCACACAUCCCGGGGGACCCUGCUGACCGCUCUCCGCAGGAUGCGUGCGCAGCACCGGGACGUGGCCCUGUCCCUGGCGGUGCCCCAGGACAGCAACAUCCGACACCCGCAUCCCGGGAUGGGUGUGCAGGAAUACGAGAUCUUGAGCUUUGCCGAGUCAGGGUCCUCCACCUCCCGCAGCAUUCGCCUACAUUUCCACUUCACCCAAGAGCUGGGUGGGAGCACUGAGAUCCUGCAAGCCACCCUCUACCUCUUCUGGGAAGCCCUUAGUCCCGGGACUCACCCUGUAACAGUCAGACUCUUGCAGCCAGAUCCAAUGGGACCGAACAUGACCGUGGCCAGUGAGAUGCAGCUGGUGAUCCAUCGGGCUGGCUGGGCCACGUUGGACGUGGGUCCAGCUCUCCAGAGCCUCUUUGACCAAGGGACACAAAGUCUCACUGUGGAGCUGGAAGUGCCGGAGGACUCGGGGUCUCCCCUCCUGGCUGGCCACAGUGAUUCCCACUGGCCAUUUGUAGCAGCCCAAGCCCAAGCCAGGACACCCCACGGGGUCCAGCGGCGCAGCACGGAUUGCGGAGGGGACUCCGGGAUGUGCUGUCGCCAGGAAUUCUUUGUGGACUUCAAGGAGAUCGGCUGGGAGGACUGGAUUAUCCAGCCAGAGGGGUAUCACAUGAACUACUGCUCAGGGAUCUGCCCCCUGCACAUGGCUGGAAUCCCUGGGCUGGCUGCUUCCUUCCACACAGCUGUCCUCAGCCUCAUCAAAGCCAACAACGCGGAUGCAGCCGGGGAUUCCUGUUGUGUCCCCACCCAGCGCCGUCCCCUCUCGCUGCUCUACUACGACCGGGACAGCAACAUUGUCAAGACUGACAUCCCUGACAUGAUUGUUGAUGCCUGUGGUUGUACCUGACCUCUGCUGUGCAGGGUUCCCCUCCUCCCAGCUCCUCUCUGGCAGUCUGAGACCUGGCGAGCUGCUGAGAGAUGAGAACUCUGCCAAGGUGGCUUCUCCUGAGGCUGAAGCAUCAAGGGUGAUGCUGAAGCUGCAGGUCCUCCCUCACCUCCCACACAGCUCCUUUCCCCCUGCCAAUGGGUUCCUCUCUGCCUGUGAGCCUCUAAGACCAACUCCAGGUAGCUCAGGGCAGCCUUGGCACAUCCUCUUGCUGGUCCCAGACUGGGGCUGUGGUGCAGCCCUUGGUGCUACAACACCAACUUGUCACCAGGUAACAGGUCUCAGCAGUGGCCACCUCAGGCUGCUUGACAGAGGUAGAAGCUGAAAAGAUCCUGAGGGAUGGCUGGACCCAGAGGUCCAUCCACAGGGCCUCACUCCUCAGCUGGACAUGAGGUUGAAGGGAUGAGGAAGGGGAAAUUGAUCCCAAUGGGUCAAUAGCAUCUCCCUCUCCAAGCAUCCCUGUUGUUCAAUAAAAGAUUCCCAGCCAUUGUGUGUCCACGUGUG